AUGACCCUUUACAAGAUUUUUGAUGCUUGUAUGAAAUGUUUCUUUAUGAGAUUUGAUUGGUCGCCUUGCCCUGAUUAUUCAGAAUAUAUAAUUUACGCAGGGUUUUUAGAUCAAGCUAGUCAUAUUAUUAGUUAUGGAGGAAUAUUAUUUACUGUCGCUGUAUAUGGCAUUAAAUCUCAAUUUGGGUGGCGAAGCACUUUUUUUCUUGAUGAUUUUUUUAUUUUAACCUUUGCAAUUUCUCCAAUUCUACCAUUUUAUACAAUUGGCCAAUUUUUAUUAAAAAAUAAUCUACCUUAUUAUAAAAAUCAUGCAGUUUUUUUCCUUCUUUUAAUAUGGUUGUUUCUUGUUUGGUUAAUCGCUGCUUUAGUUGUAAAAUUUAAUUAUCAACGUUCAUUUUUCAAAAAUAUUAAUGAAAAACAUCUUCCAAAAAUACGUAGUUCUAUUUUAUACAUUAUUUUAUUUUAUGCUCUUGCUAUAAUUUCUUUUGAUAUUAUUUAUAUUAAAAAUUUUUCUUAUAAUAAUUGGUUAGAACUUCUUAAUUUACAUUUUUUAAAUUUAUUUUCUGAUGUUGUUAAUUUAGCUUUGGCAUUUUACUUAACAUUAUACCAUCAUUUACUUAAACCUGGUGGUAUUCCUCGUCGUAUAUUUUUUAGUACCUUAUUUGUAUUACAAGUUCAAUUAUUCUUUUCUUAUGCUUACCUUUGUACUCUUCCUAUUGUAGAUUCCUUUUUUAAUUUUAUUCUUGGUAUAAUUUUAUCAAGAACUAUUUCUUCUUUCUUUAGUAAAGAUGAUUUUGGAGAUUUUUUAAUGGGUGUUGAAGAUAAAAAUUUUAAAGUAAUAGAAUCAAUUGAAGCCAUUCGAAUGCAACAUGAUGAAGAUGAAGCUUUAAAAGAUUUUGAAACUGUCACAAUUAGUGGAAAUGAAAAUGAUGAUGAGGUUUCUCGUAUCGUACCAACUAAAGUCAGUUUCUUUAAAUUAAUUAUUGCUCUUUUCUUUUUUCUUAAUGUUGAAAAUGGAAAAUUGGUUUAUAAAAUUGACAAAGUUAAUUAUUUGGAUGCUCGUCAUUUAAAUAUAAAGGAAAGUAUGGAUAUUUAUGUUGAGCAUGGCUUUUUAAAAAUAGAAACUGGUCAAAUAAUAUAUGUUGGGAAGAAUAAUCUUAAAAGGUGCAUUAAUUUAACUGAUAAUUGGCCAUUAAAGAUUGAAUACGAAAAAGUUUAUAUACAUUCUCCUCAUGAACAAUCUUUUAUUGGCUUAACUGGUCACAAAUUUUUUGAAAUUAAUCAUGGUAAAAUUAUGCAUGUGGAAGAUAAUAGAAUCAAAGAAAUUAUAGAUAUAGUUGAUCAUGGUUUAUUAAAAAUUGUAAAAUUUGAUACUGGUUUUAAAGUUGUUUAUAUGAAAACUCCUAAUGCCACUAGAUUUAUUGAUUUAACUGAACAUGGUUUAUUGAAUUAUAUAGUUUAUGGUCAUAGAAAGCAUCUUGGUCGUUUUAUUCUCUUUGGAUUAUUUUACAAAUCUCAAAAAAUGACAUUUAAGCUUUGA